CAUUUGACUCCAAAACACCAUCCACAAUCGACUUCCCUCUCUGAUAAAAAAAACUCCAAGACCACAAAAACAAGUCAGUCACAGCUACAAUGUCAAUCUCAAGCCUCUCUCUCUGCUUAAUCUUUCUCACCACCCCACUUGUUCUCUCCUCUCGCACCCCCAAAAUAGCUGUAGCAGCAUCACCUGCAACAGAGAAGAAUCUUCAGAAAACACAUGUUCAUCCUCCUGCACUGCCUGUUUCUGAUUCAUCAUCUUCCAUGGCCAAGAUUGAUGCUGAGCCAGCACCGAACACGGCUAUAGCCGGUUUCUUCAGGCAUAUAAUCCCAUUCCAAGGCUGGCCUUUCCACAAGUAUGUUCCUUUCCCAAUGGACAAGCCAGCAAACCCUUCUGUUACUACAACACCGGCUACUGGAGCUGAGGAAGACGAAUCUCAGAAGGUGCCUUCUUCUCCAAGCAACGGAAACAGAGAUGGUGGCAACGCUUGAAGACAUUUUAUUAUGUUAAAAAAAUGCUAUGUGACAGUUUAUUAUGUUAAAUAAAAGAUGUACCAUGUACUAUAAAUGCUAUGUGACAUUUUAUUUUUACAUGGAUUAAUCAAAUGAAUACACUUUUAAAUCUUA